AUGGCUUCUCUUUUUGAUGAUCUCCUUCUCCCAACGAACGUCCCGAUUCCCGACGGAUUCAACCUUCGUGCGCUUCGCAACGACGAUUUCGGAUAUUUGGAGCUGCUGAAACAGCUCACUUCCGUAGGAUUUAUCAAUCAGCUGGUUUUCCGAAAGCGAUUCGACGCGAUGAAAAAGGCGAAAUCGUAUUAUAUCGUCGUUCUGGAGGAAGUUCAGUCUUCAAAAAUCGUCGGCGCCGCCACACUCCUCAUCGAAUUCAAAUUUAUUCACGAGGCAGGUACACGUGGCAGAAUCGAAGACGUCGUUGUCGAUGAGAGAAUGCGUGGCAAGAAGCUGGGCGGUCUUCUGAAUCAAGUGCUUGUUGAGAUGGCUAAAACGAUCGGCGUCUACAAACUCUCGUUGGAAUGUAAGACUGAGCUAAUCCCAUUCUAUCAGAAAUUCGGAUACCAGAAGAAUCUGCACUUCCUUGACCAGCGAUUCGAGGAGGAUUCGGAAACCCCAGUCAAGCAAUGGCCAAAGCCGCGUGGCGAUGCGCUUUUCAACGAGGAUCUCAUCCCAUCCAGUGUCAAGACACCAUCAGAAAUCCGUGUCCGAUCCCUUCGCCCUAACCAUCAAGACGACUACCUGAAGCUUCUGGAGCAGCUAACGUCGGUUGGCUUCGUGUCGAAACACGAUUUCGAGCAGAGAUUCUUGUCUAUGAAGAACGCCGACACCUACUUCAUCGUGGUUCUUGAAGACGUCACAACGUCGAAAAUCGUCGGCGCAGCUAGCCUUGUCGUUGAGUUCAAGUACAUCCACGAGUGUGGCCUUCGCGGAAGAAUCGAAGACGUCGUCGUUGACGAAGCGAUGCGUGGAAAGAAGCUCGGCGUGCUGCUCAACAAAAUUCUCGUCGAGAUGGCUCGUGAGCUUGGCGUCUACAAGUUGUCGUUGGAGUGCAAGACUGAGCUGUGCCCGUUCUACACGAAAUUCGGAUACAAAGAGAAUAUCAAUUUCAUGGUUCAGCGAUUCGAGGAACCAACUCAGUCGAUUAACACAUUUUUUGAAAUUUGA